GCGGUCGGCGCCGCACGGGGCAUCCAUCACCACGCUCUGCACUAAUAAUUGAUUACCCACAGUGGACAAGGCACUUUGUGCACCGUGGCAUUAUUACGCAACGGCGGCGUUGGUGGUGCGGUCAGGUCCGCCCGUGAAGGCACUGCGAACGGGCGGCUAGCCAGGUAUUCCGUCUGCCUCACAAUCUGUGUCAGACGGUGGUGGUGGGCUCCACCCUUGUCCGUCUCGCACAGUCAUGUCAUGCCAGGCCAGACUUGCGCGGCUUCAACAACAGUGUGUGAAGAAUGUCUGGUCGACAAGCCUCACUGGUGUGCCGCCGGGGCCAAGCUAAGACAGCAGGCGUGCCAGGCAGGGAUGGGACUGGAAGCAAUCUCUGGCUUUGCUGGUGUGUGUGGAACCGACCCGACCCAGUUCUGCCAGGUCUGCCUCCUGAGAAAGGCUGUCCGAGCGCUCCACUCUCGGCCGCGUGCGUCUUGAGGCACAGCAGCAUGGGCGGGCGGGUCCAGUCUGGCCUGUCUUCCUCUUGGUCCUGCUGGCUGCAGGCAGGCAGGCAGGCAGGCUUGUUGUUGUUGGGCAUGCAGGCUGCUGCACUGCACUCCUGGACUGGAGCCCACCAGGCCCAGGCAGGCCAGCGUCCAGUCCAGUCCAGUCCCCUGCCCGCAAGGUGCGGAUGGGAGGGCUGGGUCGCUCCAGUCGCUGGUUCUGGCUCGGCAUGCUGUUGUGGAGUCAAGCCUCACCCACCUGUUGGCUCCGGCGUGUCGACGGGCCUGUUUAUCAACCCGGUCAAGCCCACCCCUUUGCUAGCCGGAGGUCCUUUGUGCCAUCUCUAUCGACUAUCGCAGCAAGCCCGGACAACCGUCUUCCACCCCCCCAUCGGUCGCCAGCAGCAGCACUUGACAACGACCUCAAACCACCUCUCCAACCUCCACCUCUUCCCACCUCGCUUCUUCCAUGGAUCAUCCUCUUCAACACCACGACACUCCUUCACUCCGUUGAAUCUCUCUCCCUGACCCGUUGACUCGGCCAUCAGGAUCUCUUGCGCCCAUUGCCAUACGUACGUACUGCUACUACCACCCGGGCCAUAAUACCACCGACUCCCGAGCUUGUGUACGGCGACAACAUCUCAACUUCCACCAACGCCAACAUCACGGCCUAUUGUAAUCAUACCAAAAACCGGAUCAGGAUCCAACCAGUGUACCAGCGCUUUCGUGGACUUUACUCACCCUCUGUUUUUCUUUUCUUGUACUUCGGCUCCUUGCCCUCCUUACGUCUUCCUGGAUUGGACCGGAUAUAAGGACUCUUGCCUCUGGAACCUUUUUUUCUUUCUUCUACCACAGGAUCAUGCAGCAAUAUGCCCAUGGAAUUCCGUCGCCUCCGGCAUCACCCCAGGUUUUUGACCAGCAA